AUGGGGAACUGCCCCAAAUCCCCUACUUUGAAUGACAUCUCCCUGCUUCAUGAGUCUCGGUCCAACCAGGCUAGUUUUGGCAAGGAGACAGAGCUAGAUCAGGAGCCUCUGCUGCCAUAUCAGGGGCAAGUGCCAGUUCCAGUCUAUCACCCAACACCUAGCCAGGCUCGCCUAGCAACUCAGCUGACUGAAGAGGAACAGAUUAGGAUAGCUCAAAGAAUAGGCCUUAUACAAUGUCUGCCUAAAGGAGUUUAUGAGCCUGGAAGAGAUGGAUCAGAAAAAAAGAUUCGAGAGUGUGUGAUCUGUAUGAUGGACUUCGUUUAUGCAGACCCAGUUCGAUUUCUGCCGUGCAUGCACAUCUAUCAUCCGGACUGUAUAGAUGACUGGUUGAUGAGGUCCUUCACAUGCCCCUCCUGCAUGGAGCCUGUUGAUGCAGCACUGCUUUCAUCCUAUAAGACAAAUUGA